AUCAGUGCCUCAAGUUGUUAAUCAUAAAAAAUUAUUGUUACAAUUUCAUUGAAUUGAUUCGUUUGAGAAUCAAGAGAACAUUUUCUUUUCAUUUUUCGCAAUUCGCCAUGGAUGCUCACCACGCAUCGUUAGGUCGACGAACGCUGGAAGAGAUUCGGCAAAAAAGAGCGGCCGAGAGAUUGAGCAAAGUUUCUUCUGGACCAGAUCUGAGUACAGCCUCCAAAUCAAAUGAAGUCUCUGGUAUUAGAAAAUCAGAGAGCGGAAGUCGAAUCUCAGAGAUCGAUGUGGGUAGUUUAGUAUCUCAGAUACAAGAUAUGCAGAAGAAGAAUGCAGAAUUAGAAGAACAAAGGACUGUCAUAAGCUCAAAGCUUCAAUCCAAGGAGGCUGAGAAUGGCAUGCUUCAAAAGCGAUUGAAUGAACUGGAGACGAGCACUGUCCCUUCCUUAAGGAAAGCUCUGAAAGAUGUAGCCAUGGAGAAAGACGCAGCUGUUGUUGCCCGGGAGGAUCUGUUGGCCCAGCUUCGCACUGUACGGAAACAACUGAAGGAAGCAGAGGAGGAACAAUAUCGAGCGGAAGAAGAUGCUGCAGCCUUGAGAGCCGAAUUAAACUCAGUACAACAACAAGCAAUGAGUGGCUCUUUUGCUGGAACCACACCAACUGCUAAUCCUUUUGAUCGGAUGCAGGAUUUAGAAAAGGAAAUAACUAAACUAAAUUCUGAGUUGCAGAAAAUGUCAAUCUUGAGGCAGCAAGAUCUUCAAAAAUUAUCGGAGGAGCAAUCUCGUAUUUCAACCCUGCUUUCUGAAAAGCAGGAACUUGAAGAAAAGCUUGCAAGUACGUCCAGAAAGGCCUCAGAGAUCUCAGAGAAGGCCGUGGAGAAGACAUUCUCAGUUGAAGAGAAGAACAAGCUUGAGAAGCAGUUGCAUGACAUGGCUGUUGUGAUCGAGAGGUUGGAGAGUAGUAGGCAGAAGCUUCUGAUGGAAAUUGAUUCGCAAUCUUCUGAAAUAGAGAGGCUUUUUGAGGAAAAUUCUACUCUAUCCAACUCUUACCAUGAGGCUGUGGGCAUAGGAGCACACUGGGAGAAUCAGGUGAAAGACUGUCUAAAACAAAAUGAAGCACUCCGCAGAGUUCUAGACGAGUUGAGAACAGAACAAGCAAGGAGUCUGCCGAUGUCAUAUAGAGAUGGGGCAGUUGAGACCCAGAGUCCUCCAUUAGCAGCUGAACUUCUCUCUCUCAAGGGUCAACUUGCAAAAGAACAGAGCAGAGCAGAGUCACUAUCAGCAGAAGUAUUGGAGCUAUCAACGAGACUCCAGCAGGCUACACAAGCAUACAACGGGCUUACACGCCUCUAUAAGCCGGUACUGCGGAAUAUUGAAAGCAGUCUUUUAAAAUGAAGCAAGAUGGAUCUGUUGUUGUACGCUGAAUACACCUGUAUGCUCUUGGAAAUUUGCAUAGAAACUCUUUGGUAAAAACCAGGGUGUCUGAAGUUGAACAAGCAUAGCGUGGAAGAGGUUCGAUGUAAGGAUUAUCAUAUACCACACAUUGUUUCAUUUUGUAAGAAAAUUUAUACCCACACCAACCAACAGGCCCUUUUGGGAAUGUCCUUUUCAGCUUUUUGGUAGAUUCCAAACCAAAGCUAUAGUACAAUCAUAUUCAUUUUGUUUAUUGAAGUCAAUAGAUCAUUCUUUUAACGAUUUACAUGUUCUAUUCCAUGAGAUUUUUUGCUUUUAAUUUAUGGAAUCUUGAAGAUGAUUUAUUUGAUAGAGGAGCCAUAAUCAACUUUACCAUUUGAUCACAGUAGCGGAUCAAAUUAUUGUAGAAAAUGACAGGCCCAAUUGAAGGCCUUACAUGCCAUUUUCAUCAAUCUAAUCUUAUCUAUAGACAAAUCUAUUACUUAUUCAUUAAUUUCUCUUUUAAAUUAUGAUUUUAGCAAGGAUUAUACUGAUCUCAAGUUCUCAAUCAUCAAAAUAUUUGGACAAUCAUAAAAGUUGUUCUCAGCUAUUAUUUUGUCUAUUAAAGCUUAGCUGGAUUGCACCAAUUGGGCAAAUUUCCCCUACAAAUCACUUUAGAGUAAAGAGGGGGAAAAGAAAGGAGAGAAGACAGCAACACAAAAAAGGUUGGCGAAAGGAACUCUUACUAUAAUUAUAGAUUCAAUGAGGAAGACAUAAGCAGGGAAAGAAGCUCAACUAUGGAGUCCUCAUCAAAGAUUUGUUUCUGUAUUCCUCGCCACAAAAAUGGCCACAAAGCUGAUGGAGGAUCGGAGAAAUCUUCCAAAUCUAAGCCUUCUCGUCGCAAAUCUCAUCGAGACUCAAAAGAAGGUAAGCAUUCCUCUAGCAGUGAUAGCAGUGGAAAUGGAAACGCAGGUGAAGAAUGUGCAGCCAGUGCCACUGCCGUGGCUGCUGUUGCGGUCACAGCCGUGACCAUGGAUGCACUUGACGAUGAUGGUGGCAGUACCCAUGUCCACGGUGGUGAGGGAGGCAGCGGGGCUGGUGGAGACUAGGAAAUUGGAGGAUUGGAGUUCUUAUUUAUUCUUUGCCUUUUCUGAUUGCAUCUGUUUGGUGAUUCCCUUCUGAUGGUUCUUUGCUGAAUUCUGGUUGAUGUGUGGGAAUUUUAUCUUUGCUUGAAUUACAUUAUAUGAUUAUGAGCAUUUGGGUUUGAA